AUGGUGGCUGAAAAGAAGACAAAAAAGUUGCUGGGGUCAAUCAACUCUAGGCUCCAACUCAUUAUAAAAAGUGGAAAGUAAAUGCUGAGGUACAAGCAGACUUUGAAAAUGUUCAGACAAGGCAAAGGGAAACUGGUCAUCCUUGCCAACAAAUGCCCAGCAUUGUGGAAACGUGAAAUAGAGUACUACACCAUGUUGGCCAAAACUGGUGGAGACCACUACCAUGGCAAUAAUAUUGAAUUGGGGGGCUUCCCUGGUGGUGCAUGGGUACCGUGCACACUGGCUAUUACUGACCCAGGUGAUUCUGAUAUCAUUAGAAGAAUGCCAGAACGGACUGGUCAAAAGAAAAUCAUGCAUAUUUUUUCUUCAGUUAAACUGUCCAAAUUGUGA